AGAUUUGGCUUAUUUAGCUGCCUGGAGUAAUCUACCUGACGAACACAAACGUAACCUUGAAGCGCUGGCCAGAGCUGGUACUUGGUACAAGAACCCACCCGAACAAGACGAUGACUCUAACUACAAGCGCAGCAUAGCCUACUUGGCAAAAAACGGCCAACCGCCCUUAAUGCCACUGCCCUUAGAAAACCAGAAGCGUGGUAUAGAAGCUUUAGCCAGAAAUGGCGACUUACUUCAUCGUCAGACCCCUCAAGAUUUACGAACUAUACUGGAAGCACUCUACGGCAAGAGGAAACGUAGCCUAUCUGACCCAGGAUCUAUCCAAAUACAAAAUACGAUAAACGAUCCAUCAGUAGCCUGGCUAAAACAGGUGAUCUACCCUACGCUUAUGGCAAGCGAAGUAUACAAAGUCUGGCAAGGGAUGGAGUAUUAG